AUGGGUGCUUCGAUUCCAGGAAGUGCCACGGCUGCAGUAGGAAGCGUCACGGCUGCCGUCACCGUCGCGAUGGAUGCUGGAUUUCCAGGAAGCGUCACGGCUGCCGUCACUGUCGCCAUGGAUGCUACAUUUCCAGAAAGCGCCACGGCUGCCGUCACUGUCGCAAUGGAUGCUGCAAUUCCAGGAGGUGCCACGGCUGUCGUCACUGUCGCGAUGGACGCUACAUUUCCAGGAGGCGUCACGGCUGUCGUCACUGUCGCGAUGGAUGCUGCAUUCCCAGGAACCGUCACAACUGCCGUCACUGUCACGAUGGAGGCUGCAUUCCCAGGAGGCGCCACGAUUGUGGUGACUUUCGCGGUGGAUGCUGCAUGUGCGGGAACCGCCACGGUCGCCGUCACUGUCGCGGUGAAUGCUGCAUGUGUCAAUGUCGCGGUGGAUACCGCAUUUGUCAUUGUCGUGGUGGAUGCCGCAUGCCCAGGAGCCGCCACGGUUGUCGUCACAGUCCCGGUGGAUGCUGCAUUUCCGGUCACCGUCAACGUAGUACCGUAG